AUGAUGUCGCGUCUGCCCUGCCGCACCCUUUUGGGUGCCCUGUCUCGCUGGCGGCUCUUGGCACCGGGCGCACGUGGCUUCGCGGAAGUGCCCACGGUGCAGCCCGAAGGGCAGCCUGCAGUGCAGCCCCGGCGGCCGCGACGGAUCGGAAUUGGCGAGUUGAACCUGCCAAAAGCAAAUGAGAAAUCCAAAGAUGCUCUUGGCACCCCUGAUUUGGAGGUGCCGGAUUUGAAGAUCGAGGAUGGCACCACAGGCGGCCCAGAGAUCAAAAUCUCGCAGAUCACCUCCGAAGACGUGUAUAGCCUUUGGCCUCCCAAAGAGAUGGUAGCAGACCCAGAAGUGCCAAAGGAGGUCAAAAGGCCACAUUUGUGGCUUCAACAUGAUGAUCAGGACUAUGUCGGCACAGAGGAUGUGGGUAGAUUUGUGAAGCUGACGCGCAACGACCUUUUAGAACAGUUGCCUGAAGGUGGAUGUGGCGAGCUCGCUAGAGAUCUGACUUUGAUUCCGAAUCGUGUGCGAGACAUAGGUUUGAUGGUCCGGAAGCUGACAAUUGAGCUGAUUGCGCAGCUGUCCGAGUUGCAAGAAUUUACGGAUUCCUUUGGAAGGAAGUGCAUCCGCAAAAAUGGCUUUCUCAUUGAUGGACACAAAGGAACUGGAAAGAGCCAGGUCUUGAAUUUGGUCACUAUGUGGGCUCGCAAGAAUGGCUGGCUGGUGGUCUUGGAACCCAAUCCAGGUAGAUACCUCCGCGAGAUUGCAGACAUCAAGCGUUCCAACAACGGCAUUUACCUCCAAAGCGAGUUUGCCCAGCAGUUCUUGGAAGCAUUGUCUUUGGCCAAUCGUCAAAUGCUUCAAGAAAUCCCAGUGGAUUACCAGAGCUAUGGCUCCAGGGGCAUCGACGGAGAACCGAAGCAUGCCACAAGCCGUUUGUACCAUUCACUCAUCGAGAAGACAGUGGAUACCGAGGCUCAGGACGAGAAUCUAUCUGCAGGAGAGCAACUGAAGCGUAUUGCCAAGUAUCGGCGAAAGGUUCGGAUUCCCACCAUGGUGGAUGUGCUCCGGCAGCCGCAGAAUGUCUGGGAGAUUGUGGAGUUUGGUCUGGACAGAGAGGAGUAUGCAGUGCAGGCUGUGGCGGAAGCAUUUGUUCAGCUCCAGCAACAAACCACGCAUCCAGUGUUGGUGGUGGUGGAUGCAUGGAACGAGUGCUUUCCCUGCUCUGAAUAUGUCUCCAUCCGCUACGACAACACUCGUUUCCACGGCUACAUCCCUGGUUAUCACUUGUCCAUGCCCCGGGCACUGCACCGCUGGGACGGCCACAAAUUCCGCCGAGGGCUGAAGAUUUGUGCGACCUCGUGGCAGAAAUUCAAGCGACGAGCCUAUCGCCCAGAACUCUUAGGGGUCAAGGACCACGAAAUUCGAACAGUGCGAAAUUUCACACAGCAAGAGUUUGCCAACUACGUCAUGUACUUGCGCAUCAUGAAGGACACCGCUGUGAAGGUAGAGAAGUGCCAAGCAGCCGGAUUGAAGGUGCUUUUCUGCAUUGGAGAGCUGCUGGAAGAGCGCGAGUCCGGCAAGACGGACGAGGCCAUUGGCACCGGCAAGGUGGCCACACCAGAUCAAGCAGAGGAGACCCAGGCAGCCAUCCGCGCCUACAUCAAGGAGGCUGUGAGUGCUGAGGUCGCUGACAAGAUCCGAAUCCAGUACGGUGGCAGCGUCACCCCCGAGAACUGCAAGGAGCUGAUCGCGAAACCAAACAUCGAUGGCUUCCUGGUAGGUGGCGCUUCUUUGAAGCCUUCCUUCAUGGAGAUUGCCUGGAAAGUGCGCUACAAUGGCACCACCUUCGAGCGCCGGCACUUGGCAGCUGCACAGAUGGCCAAGGACAUGCUGUCCAUGGGAGACCCGAUCAUGCGGAGGCUUGCCACUGCAGCAUUAAGCCACUUGGGCCAGGGAGAGGCCUUGAAGCAUUGUCAGGACUUUGUGAAGGCGCUCAAGGAUCCAGACCGCGGGGUGCGCUACUCCGCCGCAGUCUACCUGGCAUUUGCAAGAAGUUUUUCAGGCCCAUCGCCUGUGCAAGAACACACAGCAGAGGUCGCGGAACUUCUUCAGGAUGAGGACCCUGGCAUUCGCUACUGUGCGAUUGAGACCUUGGCGAACCAGGGCUUUGCAAGUCAGCCGCAGGCAGAAAAGCUGCACACAGCCCUGCAGGAUAUUGACCCUCACUGUCGGCUGGCGGCUGCAAAAGCAGUGGCUCGGGUGACACCGAACUACAUCCCAGAGGCUGCAGCGCUCCUGGUGCAAUCCUUGGACAUCGAGGAGCCGGAGAUCUUUCGCAAGAGUGCAGUGGAAGGCCUUGGCUACAUGGGAGAGGAAGCCCUGAAGUAUUUACCACGUUUGAAGCAGAUGCUGCAGGAUAGUUAUCCGCUCGCUCGCGCAGCUGCUGCGUGGUCCAUUUCCCAGAUAGGCGCCAAAGCGGUUGAGCAAUGCUGCGAGGAGCUGGCAAGAUGUUUGGAUGAUGCUGAUCUCGAUGUUCGAGUGAAAGCCUCCACUGCCCUGCAAGCUUUGGAUAUUGGGAUGGCAGCCCUGGGCUCCGGCGAGCCGGCGCUCCGCUGCUGGGGCGCAGCGAAGGCCGGGGAAGCGCCAACCGACGGCGUGGAGUACAUUGAGGCCUUGGCUCGGCUGUUGCAAGAUGACUACAAGGAAGUGAGAGCAAAAGCUGCGUGGGCAAUGGCUGCCAUGGGUUCUGCAGCAGCGGACUACAUGGCCGUGAUCACCAUGGCAGUGAAGGAUGAAAAUCCAGAUGUGUGGCCACCUAUGCUGCGCAUUAUUUCCAGACAUCUUCCACAGGCCCUAACAGAGGCACUCACAGAGAUGUCCAGCCACGUGGGUGAAGGUGAUCCGCAGAGGCGCUGUCGUGCAAUCGAAGCCACAGGUGCUGUCGCGAACCCAAGACCGGGGCUUGCGUGCUUUCCAUGCAGUUUUCAUCAGGUCAUUUUGCCUCCAAAUCUCCAGAAUCUGCAUUUUGGAAUUGGAAUAAUUGCCCGAUUGCCCCGCCCCAAAUUCUUGCCGGGUUUUAAAUAUGUUCUGAAAUAG